AUUCGGAAAAUACAAGGACUUGAAACAAAUUCUUAGAAUUGGAACCUAAGCUGGGUAAAAUGUCGUCUUACAAGGAUUUCUUUGAGUCCUUCGAUGUUUCAGCUUGGCAGCCUACGACUAACAAUAGAGCACGAUACACGCAUAGUGAAUUAGGGCAUUUCUCCAUCGACGGAGAGAGGUAUUUCUUGCACAACAAAUCUAAACUCGGCACUUUGAAUCUUCCUCAGGACUGCAGAAGUCUCGAUAUAGAUUUGAAUACGGGAUUUGAACAAUGGAGAGAUCUACCUAACGUGCAACAACACCUGGAUUCCAUGUUGUACUGGAUUUUACUUAACAAGGAAUCCUUGAUGGUACCAGGUGAUAUCCGGUCUAGCAACGGAGGAGACAGGCUUGAUGUUGACUUCGUAACAUCACGAGGAAAUCUCGCGCGUAUUCUAGACGUUCUGAAUGGCAAAGACGGAAAGGGACGUAAAUGGACUUUGUUGGCCACGCGCUUCAGAGGAACAGUCUACCUGAGCCACAUUGAAGACGUCGAUCGGGAUUACCAACAGUCCGUUUUCUCCCGGAGGGUGUGUUACUGGGGAAAGAGGUUUGAAGUGGAAGUGACGGAGAACUGGGCACCAGCAACCUCGUUCCCAGGUUCUUCAUCCGGGCCACUGCUUACAAACGAGGUUGAACGGCAUGGUCCUCUCAAGGCCUACCCAGGAUUCUUUUCAGUCGUGAGGUUUCAGCUGGAAAAUCACAGAAUUGCUCUGCGAGCAGAAGUUGAUGCAGAAAUGCAAAGCUUAGAUGAAGCGCAAAACCCACGUUCAAACUACGUGGAACUGAAGGUAACAACUGAAACAAUUGUCCGUGCACCGUGGGCUUUCGAACGAAAGCGGUUGGUGCCCUGGUGGUGUCAAUCAAUCAUUUCAGGCACGCCCCUCAUUGUGUACGGCAUCAGAGACUACGAUGGUCACGUGACUAGCAUUGACCACGUGAGAACUGACGACAUUCCCGAUCGAGUUGGUCGAGAAAAUCUUGAUCCAGAAAAAUACUUGCUGUUCCUGAGCGAUAUACUCACUUGGAUAAAGAGUAUCGUCUGUUUAGAGGACGUGACAUCGGUGUACGCAUUUCAGUGGGAUCCAAACGCGCCUGGCAGAGGCGUGACAGCUAACGCGUUGUUGCGUGACGCCGGAAACACAUUUUUGCAUGAAUGGUACGUGCGUGAGAUGGAAGAUUACUUCGCGCUGGCGGGUGAGCAGCGGCAAAGGAAAGGAGUGGAAAGAGCAAUGGAGGAUGAAAAGCAAAGAAAGGGUGAAAAAAUUAAAAUGAAAGGAAUUCGUAAACGCAUGGAGGAAUCGUGGCCAAGAACGAAAUCCUCUCGCGAGCCGGAUGUUCGUAUUGAGAAGCCACCUGCACGAGGACAGGAUGUAAGAUACACUCGCUCUAGAUCGCCAGGUUUCCAUAAUGCCACUGACCGCGGGACAACAACAUUUAAAAUUCGUGAUUCAGAGGAUGAAGAACGCUACUCGAGGAAGGAAUCAUUUGGAAGUGAAAGGUACAAGAGAGAGCACCCGCGCCCUGCAUCGCCAGGUUUUCAUAACGACAGUGACCGCGGGAGAACAACAUCAGAAAUCCGUGAUUUAGAGGAUGAACAACGCCACUUAACGACGCAAUCAUUUGGAAGUGAAGGGUACAAGAGAGAGCACCCGCACCCUAGAUCCCUAGGUUGUCACAAUGCCAGUGACCGCGAGGGAAUAACAUCAGAAAUUCGUCAUUUAGUGGAUGAAGAACCCUGCACAACGAGGGAAUCAUUUCGAAGUGAAAGGUACAAGAGAGAGCACCCGCGUACUACAUCGCCAGGUUUUCAUAAUACCAGUGAACGGGGGAGAACAACAUCAGAAAUUCGCAAUCCAGCAGAUGAAAAACGCUACUCAAGUAAGAAAUCAUUUGGAAGUGAAGGGUACCCGCGUCCCAGCGCAACAAGAGAAGACAAUGAGAGACGACCUUUGCUAUAUGAAGACCAGUUUGAUCGUGAUCGAACAAGCCCUCGCGUUUAUGAUCAACGGCCAGAGCUUUACUCUAGUCGAAGUAGCAGAGACAAGAGUGGCAAAACAAGGAGGUAUGAAAGAAGGCGACAUGGAGAUCAAGUCCAACAGCAAGCGAGGGCGCGGUCGAGAAAAACCUUUAACGAGUCGCGUUCCCAGAGGUUUAGUGAAAGAGAUUAUCCUUCGUCCACUGACCGGAUGCCCACCAAACGAGUUAAACGCGAUGCAGAGUAUGAAAUUCGUGGAAUACGUCACCAGGACUCCACUAGAUAGAUACAAUGACCCACACUGGAACUGAAAAGGAAACUAAAACUACAGUACCCGCUACCAUCUUAACUACCUUGACACAAUUGCACCAAAUCCAAAAAAAAAAAGCCUGUAAAAUAAGUAGAAGUAACAUGUCAAAGCAUUGAUCACGUUUUGACGGACACGUCUUUAAGAAUGCGCUACGCAGGAACGGAACAGAAAAUAUAUGCAGAACGUCAGGUUGGAUUGAACUUGUUUAGUAGUUAGCUGAAGAUGAACGAAGACAUAUUGAACAAUUCAGCAAAGAAGUCUACUGAUUGGAUUCUUGCAGAUAUAUACCAGAUUUUUUGCGGAUAUUCCUUUAAUAACCGCUCAUCAUGAGAUAUUUUUAUAAGCACCCAAAUUUUUCGACACAGA